AGUAUUUUUAUGUACUUUGUAUCCUAUAUCAAAGCUUCAAAUUAUGAAUGUAAAUGUGAGAGAUUUCGUGAUAUAUACUUUAUCCCAAUUAUAUUGUAAUGUGCACCUUCUUUAGAACCAUCUUGUCAUGUGAAAAUGAGUUUUCAAUGUUCCAUCCACGUAACACCAUUUUCUAUCACCCAUUCCUUGAUUUGAUUGAAUAAAAUAAUUUAUCUUUGAAAUUUGAGAGUAUUGAAGUUUUGUUUCUACCCACAAACAUGAUUCUAUUUAUGCGAUAGACAUAUUUGUAACGACCCAAAUUCUUUAAACAAGAAAUUGGUUUUAUUUAUAUAUUUCUUAGACCAAAUAUAUAUUUAAACCGGUGGUUUUCAAUUAUUUAAUUGAAUGAUCAUAUACCUAAUUAUAUAAGUGUAAUUAUAUAAGUGUACGCAUCCGCUUCUUCAUUCAGCUGCCGUCAAUUCCAAGUGAAGAGAGAACUCAGCCAUGUUUCUUCUUAAUCCCUAUUGAUCUCUCUUCCCAAUGUCAUCUCAGUAUUGUGUUGUUUGGAGAUUCUUUUGCACCUUCACCAUCCCACUUCAAGCGUUGUCUACUUGAGCAAAGGCGAGAGGGAGUGAAGACGUACGAACUGGAGCCACCAUCUCAUCAUCACCAACCACCAUUGAUUUGCGCUUCUGGGAGCCUAAAGCCACCAGAAUUGUGUCCCAUAGAACCGGAGAUACUUUUGUGCCCCAGAGAUUUCGUCAUGUCUUAAGCCGAGGAGAAGAGAUGAGCUACAUUGGAUCCAGGGCUGAGGAGUGGUUUUGAGGGAGGAUCCUAGAUCAAUUCAGGAGACUUUAGACUGCGGACCAUAGAUAUUUGGAUAGAUCUCGUUUCCAGGAAUCUGUAGCAACAAACAGAAUCGAGAUCGGAGUUGUACAGCAAAAGUUAUUGGCGUUGCUUCUUGGUCAAGAACAAGCUUAAGCUGUUGCGAUGCAGAGACAGUUCCGACCAGUCUCAGCGUAAAAGGCAAAACGGUCAACCUAAUCAAAAGCUUACAGUCUGGAAUUAGUAAGUAUUUAAUUCUCUUAUCUAUCAUCUCCUGCAAGCGGAUCGUUAUUCCGAGUAAUUUUCUGAGAGUUAUGCUUGUUUUCGUAAGAGGCGUUGGUGCAAUUUGCGUUUACGACCAGCCUGGAGAUGAAGCUACUUUGGUUAAGAAAUUAGUGUCCGAUCGGAGUAAACUUGGUGUCUAUGGAUAUAGGACAUAUAACAUUAUGACCGGAGGGAUCUAAAUGUUAACGGUCAAUUCUUGAGUUAUUCAUCUGUUUUCUCUAUGGUUCAGAUCUGCCAGAAUAUCAUAUUGAACUAAUUUCAGAGAGCUCUGGAGUUGCUUUGUUAGAGCCGUCAAGGUACACUCGGCGUAUCCUCAGGUUUCUUCAGAACCCGUGGCAAAGGCGAAGACAGUAAGAACGUUGUUUGAUUCUUGAAGAGUCCACUUCUUGUUGCCGGAGCACCAUAGGAGCGCCACUAGGAGAAGUAUACGGUCAUUCAUCCCCUCCAGACGAGCCAAGUUGUCGUAUGGUGUUGUUCAACCUAUUUUCGGAUCAAUCUCCAGAUCUUUAACCAGAUGGCUCCAAGAACCAAACGAAAGGCAGUGAAAACUCCGAAGAUCACCUGUGAGAACUACGUGCCUCCGCCAGGCCACAAUGGCCCGGCUUCUUACCCAUGGCCGCAUGUGGGACACGAGGGUCAGCCGAUCGAUCUCAACGACCCAAUGCUCCUCACCUUCAACUACGAAGGGUGGAACAAAGAGUCCGCACAAAGAUACAACACACUCCUCAACACUGAGAUCUUUCCUACUCGAUUCAGUCACACAGAGACCCUCGCUGCUCUUUGGCUUGAUACCGACGUGUUCGAGACGCUCAGUGCCAUGGGAAUUGCUCCCCUCUGCUACCAGACGUACGAACUUUACCCAGACCUCGUCCGUCAAGCUCUCGCCACUGCUCAGAUCAGCUACGAAAACCCUCAAGCGCCAACAUAUGAGACAUGUUCUUUCUCAUUCAUGGCUGACAGCAAGUUCUGCUCUCUUUCGCUUGACCAGCUCAACGAGAUAUACGAGAUCUCGGACGAGCGAAAGGAUGUCGCAGUGGAGAACAAGUUCACUCCAACAGAGAGGUUUUGGGACCUCAUCGCAACCGGUACCGGAUCAUUCGCCUCCCGCAAGGCGUAUCAGUCCCAAAUCAGAAACCCUACGUUGAGGGUAAUUGCUAAGAUGAUCUCCAACCUCCUUUUCGCCAAGGAUCAGACCUCCAAGGUCACCAAAGGAGAACUGCAGAUGUUGUACUCGGGCCUCAAAGAUGAGAUUCGCAGAUCUCGAUCUGGAAUCCCAUUUCAGCCGAUGCAAACUAACUCUGGGUACCAUCUCAUCUGGAUGUUCUACUCGCGCAGAGACUGCCUGCUCCGGAAUGAGAACAAGAAGGAUCGCUGCGGCAGCUUGCUCACUCCGCUGUUUAAGCACUUCAGGAUCAACCUCAGAGCCUACGCGGUUAACUACAACAUCGAGUAUGUGGAUACUCCCUAUCUGAUCUCAUGUCACAUACUUCACGACGAGACCACAUACAGGUUCAUGGAUAAAGAUGGGAACAUGUUGUACUUCAAACUUCCACAAACCCACCUCACGAACUUCAGCUCGAUAGAGAACAUUCGCUUCUUACCUGACCCGGAGUUCUUUUGCGCCGACCCACGAGCACCACCUCCUGAUGACGAGAUGGAUGAGCCAGAGGACAUCACACCAGACGAGGACACCGUUUAUGACCUAGGCCUACUCGAUGAUGACGCAGACGACGCGACAUACCGCCGCUGGAUGGUUGAUUUGCAGCGAAAGAACAACAGACUCAUGAAGAGGAUCCUCAAAGUGAUCACAGGAGGUUGUUUCGGCGGCCAAGAGGCCAGGCCAUUCGCACAUGAGCAGACUCUGUAGCAAUCACAUCACCCGGGCAAGGAAUUGGUUGGAUCUUCCGCAGCAGGAGAGCGUCUACCGCGGAACAGGAGGACAGCUGGUCGCUCCGAGAGCGGGAGUCAGACUGAUCCCGCCUCAUCAUCCUAUCUCAUUGUGUUAUCCAUCUGAACAAUUUAUUUUCCUGCUUUUUAUUUGCUUUUAUUCGGUUUGUUUUAGCCUACCUCGAAUUUAUUUUCACAACCAGGGAUGGUGUGAAGUAAUUCUGGGAGAGGCGAUUGUGUGCAACUAAUCUCCCUUCUCUUUCUUUUGGCUUUUAUGUUUGAGUCAGUCCUUGUGCUUUAUCGAAUCAGUCCAAACUCUUGUGGGAAUUAGGACCCUAUUUUGUGAUGAUC